AUGGAACAAAGAGGACAUAGGACAACAUGGAUUUUCUGCGUGAUGCUCCUGGUUUUUAGUCGUGUGUUGGGACAAAUUAGAUAUUCAAUCUCAGAGGAAGUAAAGGAAGGUACUGCUGUUGGGAAUAUCGCGAAGGAUUUGGGUCUGGACAGGGCCACUCUGAAAGAGAGAGGCUACCGUAUUGUGCACGGCACUGAGGAGCCCCCCUUUCGAGUGAAUCAGGAUGACGGCCUCUUGUAUGUGAAUGGGAACAUCAACAGAGAGGAAAUGUGUGAUCGAAACAAGGUUUGUGUGAUUGACUUAAAAACUGUCCUUGAAAAUCCACUCGAGGUGCACUACGUGGCAGUCGAGGUUCUGGACGUAAACGACCACGCGCCAAGCUUCCCAGAGCGGGAAACGACAUUGGAGAUCUCAGAAUCUGCGCUCCCGGGUGCGAGGUUUCAGCUGCAGGCUGCGCGCGAUGCCGACACGGGCGCUUUGUCUGUGCAGCACUACAAGCUGAGCCCUAACGAACACUUUCGUUUGGAGGUGAAAGAUCGAGGCGAGGACCGUAAAACGCCGAGUUUGGUUCUCCAAAAGUCGCUGGAUCGAGAAUCCUUCAAGACGCAUGUGUUGUUUUUAACCGCCUCCGAUGGGGGAAAACCUCCACUAUCUGGCAACAUGACAAUAAUAGUGGAGGUGUUUGACGUCAAUGAUAACCCGCCGGUUUUCACCCAGGAAUCAUACGCUGUGCAUUUAAAUGAGAAUUCACCCCUCGGGACGACAGUGGUGCAAGUGAACGCAACGGAUUUAGACGAUGGCUUAAAUGGUGAAGUUAUUUAUUCUUUUGGUAAUGACGUGGACUCCAGUACGCGAGCUCGUUUUAAUUUAAAUCACGUGACUGGGGUGAUUACAGUAGCAGGGGGAAUCGAUUUUGAAGAGUGUAACAGGUAUGAAAUUGAUAUACAGGCGUCUGAUAAAGCCGUAGCAACACUGUCCACUGACAAAAGUGUCAUCAUCCACAUCGUUGACAUAAAUGACAACGCCCCUGACAUUGAAGUGACGUCAUUUUCCAACGCGUUGCCAGAGGAUGCCAAACCAGGGACCACAGUCGCUUUAAUAAGUGUGAAAGAUUCAGACUCUGGCCUGAAUGGGAAAGUUAUGUGUCAUACCAGCCUGUACGUCCCUUUCAUGCUGUCCCCCUCUUUACAGAAUAAUAUGUAUUCUCUGGUUACAAAACAACUUUUGGAUAGAGAACAACAGUCACAUUUUAGUGUCACAAUUUUAGCUAAGGAUGCAGGAGAGCCGUCUUUAUCUUCCCAUAAAACCAUACAAAUUAUUGUGUCUGAUGUGAAUGAUAACAGUCCAGAAUUUUCACACAGUACAUAUAUAUUUUACAUGAAUGAAAAUAACAUUCCAGGAAAUCCUAUUGUAUCAGUGGCGGCCCAUGACUAUGACCAGGGGAGAAAUGCUGUGAUUGAAUAUCGUAUAGUGAGAGAGAAAAGCAGUGAGCGAGUGCUGACCUCCUUUCUGAACAUUAAUAGUGAAACUGGAGAAGUGUCAGCACAAAAAAGUUUGGACUUUGAGACAGUAAAAAAUUUCAGUUUUCAAGUAUUGGCCACAGAUUGCGGAAUUCCUCCACUUAGCAGCAACGUGACAGUGAACGUGUUCAUUCUGGAUCAGAACGACAAUGCUCCAGUCAUCCUUUAUCCAGUCAGCUCCAACGGUUCUGCUGAGGGUGUGGAGGAGAUUGCCCGCAAUAUGAAAGCAGGGGACUUGGUGACUAAAGUCAGAGCUUAUGACCCUGAUAUAGGAUAUAACGGAUGGUUACUCUAUUCAUUUGGGCAAGUUACUGACCACAGUCUCUUUUCUUUGGACCGCUAUACGGGCCAAAUCAGAACACUUCGCUCGUUGACAGGGACAGACGAGGCUGAGCAUCGGCUGCUCAUACUGGUCAAAGACAAUGGCAAUGUUUCACUCUCAGCGACAGCUACUGUAAUAGUCAAACUUGUGGAGCCCAAAGAGGCUUUUGCAGCUUCGGAUGUCAAAAGUUCACUAAAAGUGGACCAGGAGGAGGACAAUAUGACAUUUUAUCUCAUCAUCACUUUGGGCUCGGUCUCACUGCUUUUUGUCGUCAGCAUUAUUGUGCUGAUCGCCAUACAGUGCUCCAAAACUACACAGUCCACUUCCAAAUAUCUCCAAGACUCCAAUUAUGAUGGCACGCUGUGUCACAGCAUCCAAUACAGAUCGGGAGAUAAACGCUAUAUGUUAGUUGGACCUAGAAUGAGUAUCGGAUCUACUGUUGUCCCGGGAAGCCACGCCAACACUCUGGUGCUCCCUGAAAGGAGGCACACUUCUGGGGAGGUAAGAUUAAUUGACCUGUUACUCUGA